GGGCCUGGAGAAUGAGAAAUCUGGUAAUAAAUUGGAUGGUGAUAAUGAUGAUGGAGCUGAGGUUAUGCCUGUCAAACCUGUAUUUAAUAUGGAUGGCGAUGAUCAGUCAGUGACAUAUGAAGAGCUUCGGCAACGACUUCAUAAGCGAAUUGAAGAGCUUCGAUCAGGUCGUGGGGGUUCUGAUAAAAUUCAAAAGAAUGACAAGAGUGUAAAAAGUGAGAGGAAGGAUAACCAUAAAAAUAAGCGCAAGAGAGAAAUCAAAUCUGCAGAAACAAAAGAUAAGGGUAAGAAUAGCAAUUUAGUGAAGGAGGAUGCAUCAGAGGCUGCAAAGGGACUUGCAUUUGGGAAUGUGAAGAUUGAUAAUGAGGAAGAGCGGGGAAGGAAGAAGAAGAGGAAGCUUUCGAAGGAGAAAGAGUUGGAGAGGGCAAAGAGAUUGGAGGAGGCGAAGAAGGAUCCAGAAAGAGGGGAGAUUGUGGCAAAGAAGCAUUCUUGGAAGGCAGCAACAGGUAGAGCAGCGGGAAUAAAGGUGCAUGAUGAUCCAAAGUUGAUAAAGCAGAGCAUGCAGAAGGAGAAGAGGAGGCAUGCAAAGAGUGUGGAGAAGUGGAAGGAGAGAGUUGAAACCAGAGAGAAGAUGAAGGUGGGGAAGCAGCAGACGAGAGCAGAAAAUAUAGCAGACAGGAUUCAUCAGAAGAAGAUGCGGAAAAUUGAGAAGAGAGAAAAGAAGCUUAUGCGGCCGGGAUUUGAAGGUCGUAAGGAAGGCUAUAUUAAUGAAGACUAAGUGUAAGAAAGACAAAAUUCAUUUUGGGGCUAUGAAGUGUUUCCCUUUCUCCAGCUGGGACAAAAAUGAUGAAUCUAAGACCACGAAGUCUAGCUCAGUCCGCUCCUCCACUUCCAUGUUGACUGAUCGUGAAGUGAGGAGAUUGGACUCUGAAUUAAACUCCCAGAAUGUAUCAGAAAUUAGCACGGAAUCCUCCGCAAGGAACUCGUUUACGAGUAUGUCUCAAAGAUCCAGCCUCCUCAGAGUUUUCACGUUCUCGGAGCUGAAGACAGCCACAAGAAAUUUCAGCCGCUCCCUGAUGAUUGGAGAGGGUGGAUUUGGGGGUGUGUAUAAGGGUGUUAUCCGGAGUACAGAAGAUCAACAUAAGAAAAUUGAUAUUGCUGUUAAGCAACUCAGCAAGAGAGGGUUGCAGGGGCACAAGGAAUGGGUGACAGAAGUAAAUGUCCUGGGUGUUGUUGAACAUCCAAAUCUUGUCAAACUAGUGGGCUACUGUGCUGACGAUGAUGAAAGAGGGAUGCAGCGGCUGUUAAUAUAUGAAUACAUGCCCAAUAGGAGCGUGCAGGAUCAUUUAUCAAAUCGAUAUCAACCACCCCUUCCAUGGGUCGCGCGACUGAGAAUAGCUCAGGAUGCAGCACGCGGCUUGACCUACCUCCACGAAGAAAUGGAUUUUCAGAUUAUCUUCCGGGAUUUCAAAUCUUCAAACAUUCUCUUGGAUGAUCAAUGGAAUGCAAAGUUGUCAGACUUUGGAUUGGCCAGACUGGGCCCUGCAGAUGGAUUAAGCCAUGUAUCAACAGCAGUUGUAGGAACUAUUGGAUAUGCAGCUCCUGAAUAUAUUCAAACGGGGCGUCUCACGUACAAAAGUGAUGUGUGGAGCUAUGGGGUUUUCCUCUAUGAACUUAUCACUGGAAGGCGCCCUGUGGAUCGAAACCGCCCGAAGAAUGAGCAAAAACUUCUGGACUGGGUCAGGCCACACCUCUCUGAUCUAAAGAAGUUCCAACUGAUUAUUGACCCAAGGCUCGAAGGAAAGUACUCUCUCAAGUCUGUCCAUAAGCUAGCUUUCAUAGCUAACAAGUGCUUAGUGCGACACCCAAAAACGCGCCCCAAAAUGAGUGACGUUUUGGAGAUGGUGAAUCGAAUUGUGGAGGCAGCUGAGAUGGGGAGUCCUCAAGUACUAAUGAAUAGCUUGGCUCUGAAAGAUGCUUCUGAAAAGUCCAGAAGAGAAUUAUUGAAGGGGAGGUUUGUGGAUCCGAUAAUUGGAGAAAAUGGAUGGUUGGUUCGUCGAUCAUGGAGACCAAAGUUUGUGAGGGCUUGUUAAAAUUAGAUUGAGACUGACGGAGGAUGAUUGUUGCAUUGAGGCUCCUUCUUCCUGGUUGAAUUUUGUACACGUUACAAUGUGCAUUAUAUUGUGGAGGUUUUCUUUCUUUAUUGCUCACAUAUCCACAAUAAUAGAUGAGUAAAUAUAAAUUGAAAUUGGGCUGCAUUGCUGAA